UAUCUGGCACUACAAGGCUACGAGGCGGCCUAUUAGCGAUAACCAGCGGCCUUCAGAACCACCCGAGCCUGAAAAACGAAAGGGCGAUUUUCCUGAAACGACUGCGUUCGAGAGAUGUGCCGUGAAAACAAGCGAAGACUCUAACUCUAAGGACUACAACGGCUAGCAGAAGAAACGAGCCUCGAGGCAAUCACCAGCCGCCCUGGUGGGAGAGGCAGAGGAAAGACAGAGGCAGGGGCUCGCCCACCUCCUGCACUGUACUAAGUAUAAAUUCAAGGGAAAUGUGAAAAGUGUUCCAACGGAGAACUGUGCCCUUACCGUCCACGAUCUCCCAGCAGAGAGAAACCGAGCCCGACAUGACCAGCCGCCCUGGUGGGAGAGGCAGAGGAAGAGGAGGAGGAGGGCUCGCCCACCUCUGGGCCACUGCUACUCGGUUUAAUUCACGGGAAAAUGUGAAAAGCGCUCCAAGGGAGAGCUGUGCCCUUACCGUCACGAUCUCGUGGCCAGAAAAACGUAUCAGGAGUGUUUGGAGAUCCCAGAAGGAUUAUCAGUUGGAAAUGUUAUAGGGAGAGGAGGUAGCAAUGUAAAGAAACUCUAUUCUAUCACAAAGUCAUGCUACAUUGAAGUUGAAAAGAAAAAGGUUUUGAUCGUUACAAAUGAACAGGGAAAGCUACCACAACUGAUAGAGAAAAUGCGAUUUUAUCCCAAGAGAGUUAUUAUGCAACAUCUCAAUGCUUCAUUAAUCCACGAGGAGCUACCAGGUACAAUUCCUACCAUUUCAGAGAGUUAGAUGGUCCAAUGCUACCAGUUUGUUCGACCACCAUGUAUAAACUAUAUGGAACUCCAGAACAGGAAGGUGUUGGUGAGAUCGCUGAUGAUGUGAGCCCUGCAGAUAAGCCACCUGCUGAUCCACGCACUUCACGGAAAAAGAAGAAAGCCAGAGCUACUGCAUCCAAGGGGGCUGAGCCAAUGGCAAAACCUCUGCUGCAUCUCAAUACCAAGGAGGAUGUCAGAGAUUGCUUAACCAGAAGUUUGCAGAUGCUGGUUGACGAAAAGGGCGAAAGAAAAUUUAUCAUUCAACUUUCUGCAAGGCUUGGAAAAGUUAUGUGGAGCCGGUUCGAAGGCAGUGUAUACAGAAAGGACUACAGUUUGGAAGGUUUAGUUCAGCUUCUCUCUAGCAAGAGUAGCAGAGGCAAGAAGAACUUUAACCCCAUUGUGGAGUCUGUUGGUGUUCGUCACUUGAGGUCCUCAUUUAGUGAUAAUACAAGUCACUCUAUCGAAGUUUUUGACGUGGAAGGAGAUUUUGUGUGUGGUGCAAGAGGCUUGGAGGGAGGAACCAGGCUUGAUAUACGUUUGGUCUUGCAGAGAAGCGUAAAAGGUUGGGCAGGCCUACAAGUUGUGAUGGUUAGGAGGAACGAGGCUAAAGAAAUUGGCUUUGACGUCCUUCAUCUUGAGAGGAAAUAUGACAUACGUAUAGGUCUCUACAACUAUGAGUACGUGACGGAAGGAGAGCCUCUCCAUGCUGUUGUGAGGGAGAUGGUGGGGACCCUGUCGUUCCCUGCUCGUCAUCUGGUCCAGUUCAAGCCCAAGAUGGCUAGGUGGAACGUCCACGUGUUGCGAUGCAAGAGAAAGACGACGUUUCAAUUAGACGACAGGUUUGCUGCCACAGUCAACUGCAUGUCUGAGCACACAUUUGAUGUGGAAAAAGGUCGAGUGGUUGAGCUGGACUUGAAAAUGGAGCAACACACUCAAGUAGAGUUGCACAACUUGGCUUGGGAGUGUGCGUUUGGUCGCGAUGCAGGUUUCUCCUCAAACCAGGCGCUGUCCUUGCUCAUUGAGAGGGGAUCAGUUGACACUAGGGAGUUUGACCUUCUUCCCCGUCCCUGACAGGUUGAUCACAUCAUCAGGGACUUUGACAUCUUCUGGCACCACCUGGAGUUUCUCACCGACAAGCUAGAUGAACUGGAUUGACUCUAGUGUAUCCAUUGUGUUUGUUAUUCACGGUUUCUUGUAUAUAUAAUAGUCACAUGAUACAGCUAAAAUGACAAGCUCAGCACACCAUGCUGGUUACAAAUGUGCUACAUUCUUUCUCAAUUAGUCUUUGUGCUGUCUGAACACUUGCCUAAUCCUGCUACAGCACACGCAGCACUUUGAGACAAUGCCUAGUUGUAAUCCUAUUACUGCUGCUCUUUGUUGGCCUGGGUGUUGCCACUUGUCUACAAUUUUGUAUGCUCUGUAACAUAAUUGAUGAUAGAAAAAGGAUUCUUAUAGCCUCCUUAGAAUAGUGUGCGUGUACACGUGCAAAAAUGUUGCCAACGUGACUGACACUAUAAGCUAUACAGCAUGCUGCAUAGCAUGUGACCAAACCAAUUCACAAGUGAUCA